AUGCCGACGUCAUGGCUCCUAACAUCCCUCCAGCUGGGCGCUUUUCUUAUAUCAGUUGUCUCAGCUCAAGAUGCAGUUUUUGUUGAUGCAACCUUCCCGCUGACUACAAGCCCUAAUUAUGGGAGAGUAUUAAGACUAUGCUACCCCGAGGACGAUCUAACCGAUGAUAUUUUCAUGGCUGCAACGACUAAUCAAGCAACAUGCGAAAAGUAUGGUGGCGGCGAUCGAUGGAUCUUUUUUCCAGAAGAGACUCCUGCCUCUGAAAAGGUGUCAAGGCGUGGUACCAAGGCAUUUGUAUAUCCAGAUACAUUCGACUAUUUUUCUCUUCAAGCGCCGGACGGGAGAGCUAUCCACUUCGAUUCUACGCCUGAGGCUCUGGCAGGAGCUGAAAAGUUCGUACUAGGCAACUUGGGUCAACCCAAAAUAUAUUCCAAAGCGAUUUUCACAACUGGUCAUAAGAAGCGCCUGCCCCGGUAUGGGGAGGAAAGGGGACACGUUUUCCCUGGUGAUUCCCUUCAGUUCAUCGGCUCCAGUGCCAGGGCCGUGGGUUAUUAUAAACUCCUUACCACCCAAAACGAAGACAAAUCAUUUAGUCUUUUGAUCAGCAUAACCGAGCCAAAAGGAGGCGGUGUACUUCUGACUGCCGUUGGUGACGAAGAAGUAGUGGAAGAUCCAGAAUCAUGGGUUGAUCGUCAAUCCAGAGAUACAACUAUUGGCGGUGCUAUUGGAGCUGGUAACGUUCUUCCUGAAAUUGAGGGAACAUACGCAAAUGAAGAAAGCAGCGUUCUCCGACCUGCUGUCAGUCGUAUUACGGAAACUCGGCAUAGCCGUAGGCCUAAGAAGAAGAAGCCUGCAGCUGUGGAGCAGCCACAACCUGCGAAUGAUAUUAUCACUACUGAAUUUAUAGAGGAAUAUCCUCCAUAUGAAGAUUUUACAUCUUCAAAUCUGCUUACAGAAUCCCUAGGGCAGGCUGUAGAUGAAGAAAUGAUAGCUGCAGCUCAAGAUGAUCUACAACAACCUGUUUUAAACCAGGAAGGGCAAGUAAACUCGAGGAGUUCUCUUUUAGAGGGUGCGGAUGCCAUCUCUGAUGAAGAAAUGAUGGCUUUAAGUCAAAGAAAUGAAGCAAUCGGGGAGAUUGGUGAUAGGUCCAGGACCACUCCGGUUGUUGAGGAGCCAGACAGUGAACACGAGAAGAUCGCUGCAGCUGUUGAAGCGGUUCAAAGAUCGCAAGACCCAUUAGUAGGUUAUAACCGGGAUAUCAGCGAAGCUGAGCUUAGUGGUUUCUUCCCGGGUGUUUCUAGGGACGAAGCCGACCUCAGUGAGAGUCUUGGCCUUACGACUAGAAGACCGGCUGAAAAUAAACCUGCGGAUGAGUCGUUUGAAGACCUCAGGGCCAAUACUGUCAACGAUGUGUCUGCUGAAGACCUUACACCAAGCAUAGACGCUGGAGUUAUCGGCGUUAGUAGAGGCCAGCAAUCUAUGAUCUCUCCACCAAAUUUGGAAGUUCUAACGGAGCAACCUAAUGAAGUUGAAGACGCCUCGCCCGAGCUCGCGCAAUGGAAUGACGACGUUCUUGCCAUUGAAGACGACGAAUCGGUCUUAAGUCAGCCGCCGGGGCUAGGGCAGCAACCUCGGAGAGCAUCAUUUGAAGAGAUUGCCCGACAGAUUGGUGCCUCUACUGUAUCCGAUGGUAUGGAUGAAAACGAAGGCGCUGCAGCAAUAAUCGGUGAUGAGGAAUCUGUCAUUGAUACACUGCCCCCCCUUCCAUUGUCAUCUGGCAUGGAGGUGGGACUGAACUUGCUAAAUGACCUUGGUGGAUAUGCUAGUGACCUUGGACUUGGUAUCAAUAUCGAUGCCCAGGCAUUCCUCGAGUCCCCGAGGAAGAUCAGCUCGAAUGUUAACCAAGCGGCUACGCUGGGUGAUGAAGGCACAGUUCCGUAUGAUUUGAAGCCGGGAAGAUGGGGUCAGAAAAUAACUGGGCCCACCACAGAAUCUGUUCCUGCUAUUGUUCCUUUGAUCAGACCACAAAACCAAGAACAACAGGAAAUCCCGGCCCCAGAGCUACCAUCACUCGAUUCAAUGUCUCGUUCAAGGCUAAGUCUGAGUUCGAGUGCUUACGGUUUGAACCAGCCCCUAACCGCACCCAGAGGGCGAAGACAAUUGCGAUUAGCAAAUCCUCCCUACAACCCAGCAGCUCUUGUGACAGAUGAACAGGUGCAGCCACGGUUGUUGAAUCAGCCUGAGAUGACUGCCAUCGACACAGAAGAAAUGCCGGCACAAGUGUUAGCCCCACUCCUUGAGACUGAUGAACCCGUCAACGUAAUCGAACAAGUGGUGAUUGAGCCAGAGGAAGAGAAAGUACAGACUGUCAACGAGAUUUCUGGCGAGGCUACUAACGAUGAGGAGGAGUUGAAUAUUACUGGCCGGCGUCUCCAACCUCGGAGGCGAAGGCGAGCGGGCCAAGCCAAUGAAGCCAAUACAUCUAUAUCUCAGCCAACUGAAAGAGAACCCGACUUUUGGGAGACAAUGGCCCAAGAUAUAGGACCAGCAAGACCUUCGCGGAAUCGCGCCAGUGGAGCCGGAUGGAGUCAAAAUUUCGGACCUAACGGCCAAGGUGGUAAGAGAAACUACGAGAGGAGGUAG